AUGGUGCACUCGUGCUACAGGUACGAGUGCACGGCGUUCGCGGGAGGGGUCCUGGUGGGCAAGUUCGCGGGCCAGCAGGGCACAGCGACCUCGGACCCGACCUCGAUGGGAACGGUGACGCUGCAGAUGAAGAUCGACGGCCGGGAGCUCGAUGGCAUGCAGCUCCAGCACCUUCGCGUCAUCAAGGAGGGGCCCCCGCAGAACCGCCCGCCGGCCUCCCUGGCAGAGCGCCGGCGGCCGCGGCCGUCUGCGGCCGCGCCGGCGGCCGCGCGGGCGGCCGCGCGGGCGGCCGCGCCGGCGACGAAGACUGUGCAGGCCGCCAGCCCCGCGCCGCGUCCCUCGACCAGGCCGCUGUUCCCCUCCGCGCCGGCCCCAGAAGGGACGCCGGCGGAGGCUGCGGCCCUCGCGGCGGGCGCCGCCAGGGCGGCCGUGGUGGCGCCGGCGGUGGAGGAGGCGGAGCUGGUUCCUGCAGCGCCUGCCACGGAGACGGCGCCCCAGACGCCAGAGCCGUGGGCUGCCCCUGCGGCGCCAUGGGCCGAAGCAGAAGUGGUUCCGGCCCCGCCCAAAGAGCAGAAGACACCCGCCGUGGCGGAGCAGGGCCCAGCGGCUGCGGCCCCCGCGGGCCCGGAGCUGGAGGCCCAGGCAGCCCUUGGUGCAGCAGAUUUGGAGGCGGCCCCCGCUGCACAGGUGGCGCAGACAAGCACCGCGGCGGCGGAUGCAGAGCCCGCCACCCCCGCGGCGGCGCCGCAGGCGCCCCCCGCCGCGCAGGUAACCGAGGAGGCCGCCAGCACACAGGCAGAUCCCGCCGCCCCUGCAGCGGCGGGGGUGCCAGCGGCGCCUGCCAAGGCGGAGGAGGCGGAGGCCGCCUCUGGGCCAGACCUCGUCUCGAGGGGCGAGGAGCGGGACAAGCUAAGGCGCGCGAUGAGGGCGAUGAAUGUGGAUGAGCUCGUCAUCGCCAAGGUGUUUCGCAUAGCAGACGAGCUCUGA